AUGAAGCGUAGAGAUGAUCGGGAACAAGCGAGCCCGUCCAGACAACAGCUCGGAAUGAGCUUUCUCAGGGAACGAGCCAUGGAGGAACAAGCGAAAACCCUUCGACAGGCCGCAAUGGUUGGCGUCGGAUUAUGUGCCUUCGCUGCGAUUGCCAGUGCUCUUGUCAUCCCGACGCUGUACAGCUAUUUACAAUAUAUUCACAGUCACGUUCAAGAUGAGGCGGCGUUCUGUAAGAAACGAGUGAUGGAUCUCCAGCAGAUCUACGAAAAGAUCGACUUACACACCGGAUUGAACUCGAGGAAGAAAAGAAGCUUUUUCCAAGAAAAUCAAUCCUAUGUUUAUUGCCCAUGUAACAGUGGCCGUGCAGGGGAACCCGGACUACCGGGAGAACCUGGGAGGGACGGCAAGGAUGGUGAGCCAGGUGAACCGGGCAAGGACGGCUUCAAUCCGCCGGAAGAUGGGCAUUUUGAUUUUUGCAUGGAUUGUCAAAUGGGGCCUCCGGGGCCUCCAGGAGACGUGGGACCAAAAGGACCACGUGGGCCUCCAGGUCAUGAUGGGGUGCCUGGCACACAUGGUCGACCCGGACAACCAGGCAGUCCUGGACCAGAAGGAAGACCAGGAAACGAUGGAGAAGCCUGGAAUGCCAGGAGAUCCUGGAAUGCACGGCCGAUAUUUUGUGAGCACUUUAUCUGCCGCUGUGACACAAAAGCCUCAAACGAAUGA